CAGUCAGUCUCUCUGGAAGUCUCAGUGCUGCUCAGACUUCCCCACCAAGGGCUGGGCUGGGCCUGUCAACAGCACACAAAACAAGAACCAAUUGACCUGGCAUCACCCAGCUCCAGGCUCACCUGGUGGGAGGUGGGGACAUGCCCAGUGUUUGCUCUCACACUCAUUGGUGACUGGCAUUCAAGUGUUUAUUUACUGAGCUGCACUCUCCAGAGCUCCCAAAUAUGCUGUUGCCAGGGGAAAUUCCACCCAGGGAGCUAAGCACUCGCAGGAGACCAUUCCAAGGACUCUUGCUGGCUCUUUGUAGCUCAGGAAGCUGUGCACCUAAAGCCACAGGCACCUUCUUGUCUGCUUGAGUUUUCUGAGGGCACAAAGGAAAGCCAACCUGAUUUCCUCCUCCAGUAAAAGGGAAGCUGGGAGUGGGAGUGGGAUCCACUCAGCCCGCCCACUGCAGAGGGCACUACAAAUGCCUCUGCAGGACCUGCUGCUCCACAGCUCUGUGUUCCAGAGGACGUGGACAUCAUGGCAGCCCAGCACCUUCUACUCCUUGCUGGUGUGCAGUUCUUGGCUGCCUCAGGCCACUCCAUGCAUGUACAAACCCUAAACCUCUUCAAGAAAUCUCCCUCCAAUGCCUCGGCGAGCGCUCUGCAGAAAACCAGUUGGCCCAAGGACUGCAGUGAGGUCCCCUCUGGCAGCCCCAGUGGUGUCUACGUGAUCCAGCCCACGGAAUUCCACCCCAUCAUGGUGUACUGUGACAUGAGUAUGGCAGGGGGGGGCUGGACAGUCAUCCAGAGGAACCAUCAGAGCACAGAGAUCACCUGGGCCGAGUCCUGGAGCACCUACAAGCACGGCUUUGGGAACCUGCACACCGAGUACUGGCUGGGCACUGAGUACAUCCAUCAGAUCUCCAAGCAGAAGGUUUACCAGGUCAGGUUUGUUAUCUGGGAUGCCACAAACAGUAUCAGUUUCGCUGACUACAACCUCUUCAGCUUGGAUGAUGAGUCCCAGGGCUACCGGCUGAGGCUGGGAGCAUACUCGGGCACGGCAGGGGAUGCCAUGGACUCAGACAAUCCCAGGAAAGUGCACAACAGCAUGAAGUUCUCCACAAAGGAUCGGGAUCAGGACACCUACCGAGGGAACUGUGCCUCCCGCCACAGGGGUGGGUGGUGGUACUCCGCCUGUUACUCUGCGCUGCUGAAUGUCAAGGGAGGCCUAACGUGGGGCAGCCUCUGCAAAGGGAACUGCAAAGCUUCUGCCAUCCUCAUCAAACCAGCUUCAUAUCAUUAGUGCUCUUUCCUGCCCAGACCAGUGCCCUGCUGGAGCCCACUUUGCUGGUUGGAGGUGAACAAGCUGGUUCCUGCAGCUCUUUUCUUUUCCUCCUCUCUUGAGAAGCAGCAAAGCUCCCUGCUUUGACUCUGGCCUUUCACCUGUGGUGGGUUUUUAGGGACCAUUGUUGUGCAAAG